ACAAUGGCUUCAUGGAAAAGGCUGCACGUAAUGGCUUUGGUGAGCCUUCUCUUUGCAGAAUCACAUGCACAGCUUGGCGUGUGUGGCAUCGCUACUCAAAACCCCAAAAUAGUUGGAGGUCAGGAUGCCUCACCUGGAAGCUGGCCGUGGCAGGUCAGCCUGCAGAUAUCUGGCAGGCAUUUUUGUGGAGGCUCCCUAAUCAACAGAAACUGGGUGCUGUCUGCUGCUCACUGCGUCAGUCAAAUAAGUCCAUCGGUGUGUCAGGUUUCUCUUGGUCAGCAGCAACUGCAGGGCAGGAACACAACUACUCAAGUAUCUGUGGGAGUUGAUGAAAUCGUUGUACACCCAGAAUAUGUCAGCAGCACCUUUGACAAUGACAUUGCACUGCUUAGACUCUCCUCGUCAGUGAAGUUCACAAACUACAUCGGCCCUGUGUGUUUGGCAGCGAGUGGCAGCGUGUUCAAUAAUGGCACUGCUAGCUGGGUCACUGGCUGGGGAAAUGUAGCAGAGGGAGCGCCUUUACCCCCUCCUCAAACUCUUCAGGAAGUGAAGGUACCAGUUAUAGGAAACAGACAGUGCAGCUGCUUGUAUGAAUUCAUCAGAAUCACAGACAACAUGAUCUGUUCUGGUGUUCUGUCAGGAGGCAAAGAUUCAUGUCAGGAUGACUCAGGAGGGCCGAUGGUGAGCAAGCAAGGCCCACGCUGGAUCCAAUCCGGAGUCGUCAGUUUUGGCUACGGCUGUGCUCGGCCCAAUCGACCCGGGAUUUAUGCCAGAGUGUCAGGUUACCAGUCCUGGAUAAACUCCAUCAUCCGAGAUGAUCCACCAGGCUUUGUUCAGUUCACCUCCAGUGGAGUGGAUCCUGACAGCACCUUCACCUGUCGAGGCCUACCAUUUUUACCCAAGUAACAAGACCAAAAACUACAACUGUAACUAAAAGCUCUUGUAAUGCUAAGUGAAAGUGGACUGGUGUCUGCAGAAGUUCAGGUCUUCAAUAAAAUGACAAAUUUAAUUCUUAACGUAGACACUAGGUAGCAUACUGUUUCCUUAAGUACUUUCGUCAUUGUCCUAAUGUUCAUAUUGCUGUGAAUCAUUUACAGAUUUUGACUGUUCUUAGUGCACUAGAAACUCAUUCUGACAUCAGGCAAUUGCUUUUGUCCUUAUUUAAUCAACACGUGUGCUGCAUCCAAUUUUAACUGAGCAAUAUUUUAUCAUUAACUACGCUUAUAUCUUAGUGAUCAUAACAUGUAGUCUGUUUUGAGAUAAUUCCUUUUUUAACUCCAAAUCUGUUUCAACUUGUCAUCUUCUAAAUAAAAACAAAACCCUUUAAA